GUGACACAUCCAAAAAUUAGUUUCUUACUCAAGUUUCCCAUCUACUUUUGACAUAUCUGAGCAUGUAUGUGUAUAUAUACGUAUACAUUCUAUUUUUGUAGGAAUGAAAGUGAGGAUAUCAAAGGUAUUGUUAACAGCAUUUCACAGUUGUUGAAUAAGACAGACUUAUUUAUUUCAAAUAACCCUGUGGGAAUUGAAUCUCGGGUGCAAGAUGUGAUUAACCGUCUAGAUUUCCAAUCAAAGGGUGUUCAACUACUAGGGAUGUGGGGUAUGGGGGGAAUUGGAAAAACAACCAUUACAAAAGCCAUUUACAAUAAGAUUGGCCGCAAUUUUGAUGGUAGGAGCUUCCUUGCAAAUAUAAGGGAAGAUGGGGCAAAAAUUGCUGGACAGGUGGGUCUACAAGAACAACUUUUAUUUGAUAUCUGUAAAGAAAGAACAAUCAAAAUACCAAACACUGAGUUAGGAAAAAACACAUUAAAGGACAAACUUUGCCAUAAAAGAGUACUUAUUGUACUUGAUGAUGUGAAUACACUAGACCAACUGAAUACUUUCUGUGGAAGUCGUGAAUGGUUUGGCUCAGGGAGCGUAAUAAUCAUCACAACUAGAGAUUUGGAUUUACUUUCAGGGAGAGUUGACAAAAUAUACAAUAUGACAACGAUGAAUGAAAGUGAAUCAAUUGAGCUUUUUAGAAGUGAGUCCUACAAGAGAUUUUAUUAGAGUUACCGAAAAUGUAGUUGAAUAUUGUGGAGGAUUGCCGCUAGCUCUCGAAGUCCUUGGGUCUUAUUUGUUUGAUAAGGCAAAAUAUAAGUGGGAUCUUGUAUUGGAGAAACUCAAAAUAAUUCCUCACAAUCAAGUGCAGAAGAAGUUAAGAAUAAGUUAUGAUGAUUUGAAAGAUAAUGAUGAGCAAGAAAUAUUCCUUGACAGCUUGUUUCUUAAUUGGAAUGGACAGAAAUGAUGUUAUACUCGUAUUAAAUGACUGUGGACUUUAUGCAGAAAUUGGAAUAAGCGUCCUUGUUGAGAGAAGCCUUGUGAGUGUUGAUGAUAAGAACAUGCUUGGAAUGCAUGGUUUGCUGCGAGAUAUGGGAAGAGGAAUUGUUCGUGAGGAAUCACCAAGGAGGCCUGAGAAACGUAGCAGGUUGUGGUAUCCGGAGGAUGUGAUUGAUGUAUUAUAAAAAAAAAACUGUAA